AUGGCCUUCGUCCCCCUCAACCCCCGGCCCAUGCUCCAAUCCCUCGUCGACAACGACGUAACGAUCCGCAUCAAAUGGGGCCAGGAGUACACUGGGCGGCUGGUGUCGGUGGAUUCGUAUAUGAAUCUGCAGUUGAGUGGCGCGGAGGAGUGGAGGGAGGGGGAGAAUUUGGGGGGGUUGGGGCAGGUUUUGAUAAGGUGUAAUAACGUCCUCUGGAUCUCGGCCAAAGGCGCUGCGGGGAAGAAAGAGGCGAAUGGAGAUGGGGAUGUUAAGAUGGAGUGA